CCUGUUCCCGGCAGUUGAUGGCAAAUCCCGGGAUUCCGUCCGGGCCUUCACGCGGAUGUUCAUUGCGGUGCCGGCGGGGAACAGCGGGCUGUGCCUGGUGAACGACGAGCUGUUUGUGCGGGGGGCGAGUCCCGAGGAGCUGCGCAAGGCCUUCGCUCUGCCCGCGCCCACCCCCUCCAGCAGCCCCGUGCCCACCCUGAGCCCCGAGCAGCAGGAGAUGCUGGCGGCCUUCGCCAUGCAGUCGGGCAUGAACCUCGAGUGGUCCCAGAAGUGCCUCCAGGACAACGACUGGGAUUACGGCCAGGCCGGGCAGGUUUUCACCCAGCUCAAGCUGGAAGGGAAGAUUCCAGAGGUUGCAUUUCUCAAGUGAACGUUGGACGUUGGAGAGACCCUCCCCAAA